UCACCUCAAGUUACCCGGGGUCGUAGCUAUCAUUUAAGAGCCAUUCACCCUCUAUGGUGCACGGAAGAAUGGAUUCGAUAGCGAGGGAGCUGAACGCAGUGAGUAUAUCUAUGGUACGUCUCUCGUCAUGAGCACAAUCGAUCGUCAUGCUCAUUUCGCCUCUAUUGCUUGCGUUUUCCUCGUCCAACUUCUCGGGCUAUCAACUCGUUCAGACGCUACCUCUGUUGUGACUGCGCCACACGCUACUGUUACAUAUGUCCGCUUUAUGUCUUGUCGUUUUGGCUUGCUGCCCAAUACCUCCUCGUUCGUUUCUUCUUAUCGAUCCAGUGAUUCUCUCUCGAAUGAUUCGUCUGUUCUAAGUUCACCGUAUUUUCAUGUAUAUGACUUGAUCUCAAACAUUGACAGUGUUGUCAGUCGUGUCCGUCGUCAUGCCGGUCCGAUCUAGCGCUGAAGAAUACUGAACCUAUGCUCAAGUUUAAUCUUGUCACUCUUAGAAGGAAGAAUGAACCGUGAUCACUUGACGAGCGCGAGUCUACAU